AACAAAAAUCUAACCAAACAGUUUUGUCAGCGAGAGUAUCGAUUAACCUAUCGAACCGGUUCUUUUUACAGAUUCAAAAAGUUUUUGUCUUUGUGUUGACUUUUUGGAUUCCAGGUGUUCGAAAUAAACUAUUGCUUUACCAGAUGAAGAUGUAAACAAUGCCUGCAGGUCAUUAUGACCCUCAGACUUCUUACAAUGGUGAUGAUUCUGCAGCUAGCAUUCUAAAAUCAGUACAAGCACAGGAAGCAGAAUUUGAAAGACUUACAAGAAAAUUAGAAGCCGAAAGAGAAACUGUAGGACAUAAGUUUAGAGAGUACAGGGUGGGAAGUCAGGCCGAUAGUAUGAAUAGCAUCAAUAGCGCAGAUGAUUCUUAUUGGCGUAGUCCUCACUCUGACUCACGACUCCAUGAUGAUACCGUGGGGGACUCUAAAAUGAGCUCACACCUCCUUGACUCCUGCCUGAGAGAGCUUGAUAACAGGGGCACAUUUGGAGAAAACAACAUGGAUUACGUGGAGGACCCCUACAGUGGUGGAGGGAGGCAAUUGUACAAUGAUUCCUACAAUCAGGGUUACGACCCACAUUACAUGGACCAAAGGUCACCUCACGCAUCUCAUACAUCAUUACAAAGUAACGACAGAAACAGAAUGGCACAGAGAGAAAACCAUCCUAAUGACAAUUACACAUCCUACUCCUCAUUAGCUAGACAGCCAGGGUACGACGAUAUGAGAGGAUCGCCGGGAACACCCACAAGGUUGAACACACAGCAAUAUGCUAGCGAUUAUUAUAACGAUAACUCACCUCGCUACAGUUUGGCCUCUAACGAUAGCUUCCAGCGACCUCAGCAGCAGUAUCAUUAUGAUCCUAGGGACAUGGGUCAGCCAACAGAACAAGUAUCUUAUGGUGGACCUCCAAACGAUCGCUAUGGUGAUGUGUCUGCUUUCAGUGAACAUCCACCAAACAAUCCUCAUAAUGAUUCUCAUGUCAGUGACUCUUUCUAUCGGGACUCUCCUGUUGGAGAAAGGUACAAUGUUCAGAAAGGAAUCCCCCAAAAUGACCCAUACCAUGACGAAGGUUAUGGGGCUCCCUCACAAGAACGUUACAAUGAACAGCCUUACGGUAGUGACCCAAGGGGAAUAGAUGGAUACAGGGAUGAUAAUCGUUAUGUCGACCAAUACGGUCAGCCUCCAGAUGAUAGAUACAUGCCUCCAGAGGAUAGACUUGCAGAUCUAAGUCUAGACAACCCAAGGAGUCCCCAUGAUGGCCAUGGUCCUGAAGACUACAGAGGACAUGAUGGUCCCUUGAAUGAUAGCUAUGGGGACCAACCACAACAAGAACAAACAUUUGGGGAUUAUGAUGACAGUCCCUACAGACCUGAAGUCAAACAUCAUGGCCUUCCAUUAGUUCAUCAGGACCCUUUUGCAGACGAUCCUUUCCAAAGUAAGGAAAACUUGGCCAAUAGAGACCAUUUUGAUGGUCCAGGGAAUGAUAGGUAUAGAGAUAAUGAUAGAUAUAGAGAUGAAGACCCAUACAGAGGAGACCCUCCGUCUGAUGAAGAUGACCCUUACAGACGGGGUCCACCAGUUGAAGACUUCGGGAGAGAGCCUCCUGCCAAUGACCCUUACUUAGGCAGAGGGCCACAAGAUGAAGAAGAGGAUUCAUUUAUAGGUAGAGGUCCCCCAGUUGAUGACAGAUAUAGGGAUGAGGACCCCUACAGUGGAAGGCCAAAACCAGAGGAUAACCCUUAUGGAAGUCGACUCCUACAGGAUGAGGAUCCUUAUUCAGGAAGGCUACAAGAUAGACAGCCAUCACCUACCAAUGACAGAUAUGGUGGUCCCCCUCCUGGUUAUGUUGACAGAUACAGUGAUGAAGAUCCUGUCAAUCAACAACCCAUGUUUGAUGAUCGUAUGGAGAGGAGCAAUGAAGGCCUAAACAUGGCACCCCCACCUCAAGAUAACUACUCUGAUGGAAGACGAACACCUUCAGAUAGAGGUCGUUACAAUGAGAAUGAUGCCCCAGAUCUUCUGACAGUCAUUGACUCACUCAGCCAUCCAGAUGACAAUGUUAAAGCCAAUGCUGCAGCCUAUCUCCAACAUAUAUGUUUCCAUAAUGAGGAUAACAAAGCUAAAACAAGGGGGAUGAAUGGUAUCCCACCAUUGGUAGAAUUACUGAUGAAUGAUUACCCAGAAGUCCAAAAGAAUGCCUUGGGAGCAUUGAAAAAUAUGUCAUAUGGUGGAAAGACAGAAAAUAAAAAAGCAAUAGAGAAUGCUGGGGGAAUCACAGCGCUAAUCAGAUUGUUACGGAAAACACAAGAAAAUGAAGUGCGAGAGUUAGUGACAGGAAUUCUAUGGAAUUUAUCCUCUUGUGAGGAUUUAAAGGAAAAGAUAAUCCAGGAAGGUUUGGCUGAUAUUGUGAGUAGAAUCAUUGUACCUUACUCUGGAUGGGAGAAACGAGGCACUAUGGAGGAACAAACCACUGAUUCAUUCUUAACCACAGUUUACAGAAACGCUACAGGAAUAAUUAGGAAUUUAAGUUCUGCUGGUAAAAAUGAUGAAAGAACUGAUAAAGGUUAUAAUGUGAGGACACGAUUACGUGAAUGUUCAAAACUUGUACAUUGUUUAAUAUAUACAUUAGAUAUUUCAUUACGUUUCCAUGACAAAGAAAAUAAACCAGUUGAAAACUGUACUUGUGCAUUACGGAACUUAUCAUAUAGAAUUCAAGAAGUGUCCGAAAAGGAUUUUUAUAAGAAAAGGACUCAAACACUUAAACGUAUGCAAAAACCACCUAAUAAAAAAGAAUCGCCUGGUUGUUUUGGUGGUGGAAAUAAGAAAAAACAACAGUCCAGUAAAAAUAAUACUAAACAAAAACCAGAUGUUAAUCAAAAUGGUAUCCCUGCUUUACCACAGAAUGCUUCAGAGUACCAGGGAUUGUGGAACGCCCAUGUAAUCAAGUUAUAUCUGGGUAUAUUAGAGAAUGGGUCUAACCCAGUGACAGUUGAGGCAGCAGCGGGAGCUAUACAGAACCUAACAGCGUGUUUCUGGAGUUAUGCAGAAGAUGUGAGAGCCUGGGUACGGAAGGAGAAAGGCUUACCAUUCUUUGUAGAUUUACUGACACAGGACAGAGAUAGUAUAGUUUGUCAUGUGGCCUUAGCACUUAGAAACUUAGCCAUUGAUGAGAAAAAUAAAACAUUAAUAGGAACCUAUGCAAUGAAGCAGCUUGUCAGUAGAUUACCACAGGAGAGAAGUACCGAUGCUGUCUCUGAUCCUACAGUAUCAGCCAUACUUGUCACACUCCUAGAAAUAGUUACAUGUGAUGAAAAUUUCGCUAAAACAUUGGUUGAAGCUAAUGGUUUACCUAGGAUCAAGUUUGUAAAAUUUGUGAAUGGAAAAUAUUCUCGUAAAACCAAAGAAAAUGCCAAAAAGUUACUAGAUUCUAUGUGGGAAUUUAAAAGCCUAACACCAGUUUACGCAAUGCAGGGAAUCACAGAAAGUGAUGUUAAAGCAGCUUGUGCUCCUGGCAGGGAACCAGAUAGAAUUGGUCUUACUAGUACAACACCUUAUAACACCCUAGGACGUCCUCAAGGCAGUCAAGGUUAUGAUGAUAACACAAUAACUGCAGGAAGGUUACCAGCAUAUAAAAGUACCAUGAAUGGUAGGAUGGAUGGCACUAUGGUCCAUGGACAUAGCAAUCCUGCCAUGAAUAUGGAACCUGAGCGAUAUCAACAUGGCGGCAGCAGACAGAGAGGAAUGGAUGAGAUCCCAAUGACUGAUUUAGGACCAAGUUACGCUCCCAUUGAAGAACAACACAACAGAAGGAAUAAGCCCCCUGUAGGAGGUGUUCCUCUCUUCCCUAAUCUACAACCAGCAAGUCCACAAGACUAUCCCCCACAUCAACAAGAUAGACUUGAACCACAGUCUGGACACGAGCCGCUGUAUGCACAAGUGAAAAAAGGACACAAACGACCUGAGGAUGAUAUUGUCAGCCCUAAUAACGUUAUGUUAGAAAGUGGUGGAGGUGGUCCCCCAGGAGGAGCAGAUUCUUGGGUAUAGUGCUGUUCAAGGGGAGAUAACUGCUGUGUCAUUUGAGAAAAAAGAAACUAUUUUUCUUUUAUUUCCAAAGACUUAAAUGAUUUAAAACCUGGAAAAUAGAUUCAAUAUUCAUGAUGAAGAGAAAUAACAGAUAGUCACAGAUAUCAGAUACAUAUUUAGUGUAUUGCAAUAACUCCUUUGUGUUUGAAAAAGAUUUCCCUAUUUUUCUAGAACAAAGUUAUGGACAUGAAUUUCUAGUUAUUUUAUUCAUGUUAUUAUUGAAUGUUUAAAAUAUAUAAAACAAAAAUUAAGGGAGCCCCAAACAGCUGAAGUAUUCAUAUCAGACAUGUACAAAGAAAGUGUUUUCCAUAUUAUGAUUUAUCAUGAAUUAAUCACUCAGAAGUUUUUAUCAGAAUCAUUUUUUAAUUUAUGAAAUAUAUAUAUUAACUGCCAUGUUUUUUGUAAGAAAUUUGGUUUGUGAUAAUUUUUAUAUAAAUAUUAUAUCUCUACAGAAGAAAGGUUGUAUAUACAUAUAUCUAUAUUUUUUGUCUGUGAGACAAAGAUUUU